GCGGCAGGAGAAGUUUGAGCUCUUGAAGGUGUUCCUGUGAGAGGAGCUCCGGCGCGCGCCUUCGCACUUUUUUAUUGAACGUACGCGGAUCAUUCCGGAGAUUUCUUUUUCUUUUAUUAUUAUAGAUUUUAUUAUUCGAAUAAAUAAAUAUCACGUUUUAUUCGGGUUCUUUUGAUCGUCUUGUCUCUCAGACGACUGGCAGUUAGCGCAGUUAGCUUGGCUAGCACUCGCUCUCUCCCGGAGCUGAGGAUGCCGACUGUGCGGGACAGCAGUGCGAGUCACCCGGGGGAACAUCUUCACCAGGUCCGGGUCAAGGCCUACUACCGCGGGGACAUCAUGAUCACACACUUUGAGCCGUCCAUCUCAUAUGAUUGUCUGUACAGUGAGGUGAGAGACAUGUGCUCUCUGGACAAUGACCAGCUCUUCACCAUGAAGUGGAUAGAUGAAGAAGGAGACCCCUGCACAGUGUCAUCUCAGCUGGAGCUGGAAGAAGCCCUCCGUCUGUACGAGCUGAACAAAGACUCUGAGCUUAUCAUCCACGUAUUUCCAUGUGUCCCAGAGAAACCCGGUAUGCCGUGUCCAGGAGAGGACAAGUCAAUAUAUCGGCGUGGAGCUCGGCGCUGGAGGAAGCUGUACUACGCUAAUGGACACGCCUUCCAGGCCAAGCGCUUCAACAGGCGUGCCCACUGUGCUAUCUGCUCUGAUCGGAUCUGGGGUCUCGGCCGUCAGGGCUACAAGUGCAUCAGCUGCAAACUGCUCGUCCACAAGAAGUGUCACAAACUCGUCACGCUGGAGUGUGGCAGGCAGAUCCAGGAGCCAGUGUUUGAGCGAGUGGAUCAGGUGCCACAUCCAUCUGAACACCCAGAACCAGUUCUCCCUAAUAAGAACUCCAGCGAGAGCAUCAACCACAUGGGAGAGGAGCAUGAGGUCAGAGGUCAAGCGGUGAGCAGCAGGGACCCGGGGAGAGCCCCCUCCAGUCUGGGUCUGUCUGAUUUUGACUUGCUCAGGGUGAUUGGGCGAGGGAGCUACGCCAAGGUGUUGCUGGUGCGCCUGAAAAAGACCGAGCGCAUCUACGCCAUGAAGGUCGUUAAAAAGGAGCUCGUUAACGACGAUGAGGACAUAGACUGGGUCCAGACAGAGAAACACGUUUUUGAACAGGCCUCUAAUCACCCGUUUCUGGUUGGCCUUCACUCUUGCUUCCAGACUGAAAGCAGACUCUUCUUCGUGAUUGAGUAUGUGAACGGAGGAGACCUGAUGUUCCACAUGCAGCGACAGAGGAAGCUUCCAGAAGAACAUGCCAGGUUCUACUCUGCGGAGAUCAGUCUGGCACUGAACUACCUGCAUGAGCGAGGCAUCAUCUACAGAGACCUGAAACUGGACAAUGUCCUGCUGGAGUCUGAGGGACACAUCAAACUCACUGACUAUGGAAUGUGCAAGGAGGGUCUGAGGCCUGGAGACACCACCAGCACAUUCUGCGGGACCCCGAACUAUAUUGCCCCGGAGAUCCUCAGAGGAGAAGACUAUGGGUUCAGUGUGGACUGGUGGGCGUUAGGGGUGCUGAUGUUUGAGAUGAUGGCAGGCAGAUCUCCAUUUGACAUUGUGGGCAGCUCUGACAAUCCGGACCAGAACACGGAGGAUUAUUUAUUCCAGGUAAUCUUGGAGAAGCAGAUCAGGAUCCCAAGGUCUUUGUCAGUGAAAGCAGCCAGUGUACUAAAGGGAUUCCUCAACAAGGACCCGAGGGAGCGUCUGGGUUGUCAUCCUCAGACAGGCUUUGCUGACAUUACAGCUCAUCCUUUCUUCCGAAAUGUAGACUGGGACCUGAUGGAACAGAAGCAGGUGGUUCCUCCCUUCAAGCCAAACAUCUCAGGGGAAUUUGGACUUGAUAACUUUGAUGCGCAGUUCACCAACGAGCCUAUCCAGCUCACCCCAGAUGAUGAUGAUGUGGUGAAGAAGAUUGACCAGUCGGAGUUUGAAGGCUUCGAGUACAUCAACCCACUGCUGAUGUCAGCGGAGGAGUGUGUGUAAAGAGAAGUGUGUGUAAAGAGAAGUGUGUGUGUGUGUGUGUGUGUGUGUGUGGCGUGUGUGUGUGUGGCGUGUGUGUGUAGUGUGCUUACACACUCCUCCAACAUCUGAGACAGAUAUGGACUGUCUGUGCACGCAUGUGUGUGCAUGUGUGUGUGUGUGUGUGUGUGUGUGUGUGUGUGUGUGUGGAGCUACAACUUUUUUUGCCAAAUUUUUUUACUUCACAGUUCUGCUCCUCACACUCUGUCUCCUUCUACUGGACCUUCAGCACUAAUGACCAAAUUAUACACUACAUGUUUAUACACACACACACACACACACACACACACACAGUAUAUUUUGCAAUUCAUAUACAUAAAGUACAUUCAUUAAACUUUAUUUUUCGUUCCUCACACACACACACACACACUACAUUCUACACAUUACUCUUAUACUGUGUACUGUAUGGUGUGUGUGUGUGUGUGCGCGCGUGUGUGUGUGUGUGUGAGAGAGCUCUGGCAUUCCCUCCUGUUUUGAGAUGAUGAUCUGAAACACUAAUGAACUUCUACUGUUCUGAUUUCUGUUAUUUUUAUUAUUGCUGUUUCUUUGAUGAAGCUGGAAAAUGUUAAAAACUCUGUUUUAAAUAAAAACACAUGGGACAAUAUCGACUCUCA